AUGCUGUGCAUCAACUCCUACACGGGCCAGAUGGGGACGAUGCCUUGUAUCCUUAGCACUGUGCUAGAGACAGUCCUCAUGGUAAGAUACACAUUUCUGAAGAGUUUAGGUCCGAAUUUCUGAAUAGUCUAGUUUUGGUCUCCAGUCUAGGUCUGAACCUCUGAAUAAUCUUGUUUGGGUUGGGUUACUUGAGUUGAUUUGUACAUUAUUGCCUUAAUAAUGUUUAUAAUUGGACUUUCUACUCUGCAUGAAUGUUGUCUGAAUUAACUCAAGUCUUCACACACAUACUGCUCCAUGUUGUUUGAGAGGAAGUUAUGGGUGAGAAGCUUUGUCAGAUGUUUAGUUUACUACUUUGUCCUAUUUGUGAAAUACCUGGAUGAAACUGUAUCUUCGUGGUGAAAUGUAAUUCAGAGCAACCAUAACACCAUCUCUUUCAAUUUAUUAAAUUUUUUUUAUUUGAUUUCAAUGUUUCUGUUUCCACAGAUGACAUUUUAGAUGAAUAAAAAUAGAGAGAGAAAGGGCUGAAGUUAAACAUUAAAUAGAUCUUCAUUAUCCUUACCCUUACUGUCAUUUUUUCACACUUUACUUUACUGUGCUUUGAGUUCUGUACUCUAUUUAUGACGUGCGUAUGUAAAGUGUCCUUGGACUUGAGAAAUGCCACACCUUAAGUUCCCUUGGGGAAAUAAUGUUAUUCUAUUCUAUUCUAAAGGUAUUCCAUGACUGAAUAGUAUGAUGGUUAUUUGUGGGGGCUUGCUGUGACCCUGUUCGUCCUUUCCUCCCCAGGUGGAGCAGAUCCUGUCGGAGUUCAGGCUGAAGAAGGAGCAGUUGAAGGAGGUAAUGAAGAGGAUGAUGAGGGAGAUGGACCGGGGACUGCGCGUAGAGACGCACCAGGAGGCCAGUGUCAAAAUGCUGCCCACCUACGUCUGUUCUACCCCUGAGGGAUCAGGUAGAGGCAUAUACCUCAUUUAUUCAAUGCUUUCUUGUGAAAUAACAAUGUAAAUGCAUGAUAACUAGGCUAUUUGUACUAAAUGGGAAUUAAUGAGAGUGAUGGCACAUGAACGAACAUUACAUUUCUUAUUAGAUUUAUUUUAUAUUCAAUUUGUAGUGCCUUAAAAAAAAUAAGAUAUGCCACAAUGAGAUAGAAAAAUAUUAUUAUUCCAGAAACCCCUGCUGUGUGUGUGUGUGUGUGUGAUCUUAUAUGACACCCUUCUGUGUGUUGCGCUUUGUCAGAGGUUGGUGAUUUCCUGGCCCUGGACCUGGGGGGGACUAACUUCCGUGUGAUGUUGGUGAAGGUGGGGGAGGAUGAGGAGAGGGGAUGGAAGGUGGAGACCAAACACCAGAUGUACUCCAUCCCAGAGGACGCCAUGACAGGCACGGCUGAGAUGGUGAGAGUGCAGUGUACUUAGAAGGGUUCACUCAGAACUGCACUGUGUUGACUAGUGUAAUCAGUGUCUCCCAUAAAUCAUCAUGCCUCACCAUCCUCUCUCUCCCUUUCUCCUUUUCCCUCCAUCCCCUCUCUUCUCAGCUCUUUGACUACAUUGCAGAGUGUAUAUCAGACUUCCUGAACAGACAACACAUCAAGCACAAGAAGCUUCCUCUGGGUUUCACAUUCUCCUUUCCUGUACGACACGAGAACAUAGACAAGGUUUGAGAUGGACUAAGUACAAGACCUGCCCAGUGUUAGAGACUUCAGAUUAGAGAUUUGACCUGCGAGUGACUAUCUGAGUAUCUGAGUUAGUGUCUGAGCCCUGCUACCAACCCUAACCCUCUGUGUUCCUCCCAGGGCAUCCUACUGAACUGGACCAAAGGGUUCAAGGCGUCUGGAGCAGAGGGUAACAACGUGGUGGGACUACUGAGAGAUGCCAUCAAGAGGAGAGGGGUAGGAUUGUCACUUCAGGAUUAGUAUUCUAUGUUUCUGAUACAUAGAAUAAUAUAUAUGUUGUGAUAGAUAUGCUAUGAUACAUUUGUAAAACAUGCGUAGGAGAUUCAUGCAAAUAGAGCCGUACUGAAAUGUUCCUUUACUCUUCAGGACUUUGAGAUGGACGUUGUUGCCAUGGUGAACGAUACAGUUGCUACCAUGAUAUCCUGUUACUAUGAGGACCGCAGCUGUGAAGUGGGAAUGAUUGUGGGUAAGGACGCACACACACGCACACACACAUCCACUUAUCUCCUGUUACCUACCAUCUCUCUACCUCUCUUUAAAGCCAACUAUGUUGGUAUUUGUCUGUAAUACGACACACAAAUCAAAUGUAAUAUGACCAUUGUCCUGUCCCCAGGUACUGGGUGUAACGCUUGUUACAUGGAGGAGAUGCGGACAGUGGAGCUGGUGGAGGGGGAAGAGGGGAGGAUGUGUGUGAACACAGAGUGGGGGGCCUUCGGAGCCAACGGAGAGCUGGAGGAGUUUAGACUGGAGUACGACAGGGUGGUGGAUGAGACAUCACUCAACCCUGGACAACAACUGUGAGUUCUGGGCCUUACUCUGUCUAUCUCAGCACAAUGACCUAAUUAGGGCUUCCUAAGUUUAGGGGGUGUUACAUUCUCCACUGGUGAUAAAACUCACAUGACUGUAAGUCGCUUUGGAUAAAAGCGUCUGCUAAAUGGCAUAUUAUUAUUAUUAUUAUUAUUAUCGUUCUAUUUGUGGUAGUACCUAGUUUCUCUUGUGCAGUAUUGGCUGCAUGUGUAUCCAGACAUGUAUAAAUGUGUCCAUUCUUAGAAGCUCAAAGUAUGUGAGAGUCUGGAGAGUUUCUGAAAGAGCUGUACUUUCUAUGACACAAUGCACAUUACAUUUUAGUCAUUUAGCAGAUGCUCUUAUCCAGAGCGACCUACAGUUAGUGAGUGCAUACAUUUUCAUACUGGCCCCCCGUGGGAAACAAACCCACAACCUUGGCGUUGCAAGCGCCAUGCUCUACCAACUGAGCUAUAUGCAGCCUGAGGAUGAGCACAGGUGGAAACGUGCCUCUCUCUCUCUCUCUCUCUCUCUCUCUCUCUCUCUCUCUCUCUCUCUCUCUCUCUCUCUCUCUCUCUCUCUCUCUCUCUCUCUCUCUCUCUCGUUCUCUCUCUCACCUGUCUACCACACUGAGGAUGAGCACAGGUGGAAACGUGCCUCUCUCUCUCUCUCUCUCUCUCUCUCUCUCUCUCUCUCUCUCUCUCUCUCUCUCUCUCUCUCUCUCUCUCGUUCUCUCUCUCACCUGUCUACGACACUCACCUGACACUAACCUGCAGCCUAUAUGUGGUCACUAGGUAACUCCCUUGUUUUCCAAGCCGUGGCUAGUGGCAUCCCAGUCUCUAUACACCAGGGUCAGAUUAAUGAGCUCCUGUCCAGCGCUAGCUAAUGUCAGCCAGGCUAAUGGCUGUUUACCGUCUGCUCUGACAGCCCCUUCACACAGGCAACCGCUGAGCUGAGCCUCACUCACCCUAGCACUUUAUCUCUCUCUCCGCUCCACAGCGACAGCGAGACGGAGAGAUUGCUCUCCUGCUUUUCAAUCUCUCUCUUUCUUGUUUCUCCCCGGCCUAGCUGGGAAAUGAUGAUGAUAGGGAUGUCGUUUCACGUGUUGUGUGACGCAUAACUCUUUUUCUCUCUUUCUCCAUCCACAUGCUCUGCCCCGCUGCCUCCCUCAACUCUCCCUUCUCCCUCCCUCUCUCUACCUUCCUCUCCCCCCUCCCCUCCAUCGCUCUGUAGCUAUGAGAAGUUGAUCAGUGGGAAGUACAUGGGAGAGCUGGUGAGGCUGGUAUUGUUGAAGCUGGUGAACGAGGAGCUGCUGUUUAACGGAGAGGCCUCUGACCUACUGAAGACUCGUGGCAGCUUUGAGACACGCUACGUCUCCCAGAUAGAGAGGUGAGGGGUCAUAACACAACAAUGAAAUUAGAAUUACAACUGCCAACACUAUUACAAUGACAUCAACACAGUUACAACUCUUUGUGUCAGUGACUGUCUUCUGUCCGAGACAGUAAAGCUUCCCUCAGUAAGUCUUAAGUGUGUGUUCUCUCCCUGUGUGUUCCUCAGUGACUCUGGAGACAGGAAGCAGAUCUACAACAUCCUGUCUACACUGGGCGUGUUGCCGUCGGAGCUGGACUGUGACAUAGUGCGUCUAGCUUGUGAGAGCGUGUCCACGCGGGCAGCACACAUGUGUGGGGCAGGGUUAGCCGGUGUCAUCAACCGCAUGAGAGAACGCCGCAGCCAGGAGGUGCUGAAGAUCACUGUGGGCAUCGACGGCUCCGUCUACAAACUCCACCCCUGGUGAGGAGGGGGGAGGAGUCACCAAGUCUAUAACAUACAAAUAAUGUUAGUCAUAUCUAGUGACAAUGUCAUGCUUUUUAUUCUAACCCUGAUAUUAAUCUCCCUCCACAGUUUCCAGGACAGGUUCCACAAAGUUGUACGGGAGCUGACGCCUCACUGUGACAUCACCUUCAUCCAAUCAGAAGAAGGGAGUGGCCGGGGGGCGGCACUUAUCUCGGCAGUAGCCUGUAAGAUGGCAGCGUGCAUGCUGACACCGUGAGAGUCUUAACAGCCUCCCAGCUCUGGCCUCCUCUUGAAGCUUUCACAGAGUAAAGCCUCACUCCUCAUUGGUGAGAGAUAUGUGUGUGAAUAACUCACUGUACAUAAAAAGAACCCCACCACACAGCACACACAACAUAGAAAACACAGAGACAGAUUAAAUCAGUACUUUUCCCUGUGAACAGUAUUAUACAGAUGUGUUUUUGAACCGAUGAGCCUCUGUAAAUUCGCUGCAGUCCCACAAUGCAUAGGUGGUAUGUCACAGCAAGUCCUGAACCCUUGUUUAAACAUGUUCUUAAGCUUCCACUGAUUGCAGGUGUUUGAAGCUUGAUUAAUACUGUAAUAUAAUGUUCAUGUGAAAAGGAUUGGCAUUGAUUUAUAACGUCAGUGUGUUUUUUUGUUUGAUGCUGUCUGUUUAAUCCAGAGAUGCUACCGUAUAUAACUUAAAACUAAAGGAUUGUCCGUUACAGAUGUAUUGCAGUGUAGUCUUUCACUUACUGUUCGUGGGAAAUUAAGUAUUUAUUUGGUAGUGUAUUUAUAAAAGCUAUGUAUCUGUGAUGAGCGUAAAGGUCUUAAUUCCUAAUAUGUAUAUCUAAGAACGAGAAUGUGCUUCGUAAUGUGAUUUUUUUGUUGUUG